GCCAUUGUCUACCCAAGGCUAGUUAACUCAUUGUCCCUACCCUCCUUCAAUGACUGUCCUGAGCAUCAAGGGACCCACACUGGACAAUACCCAGAACAAAGCAGUGUCCAGUCCCUGAUGGGUGCUGUGUGGUAGACCUACAGACUACCAUGUGAUUAUACUGUUAGACCCAGGGUCCCAGGUGGUGUGGCUUGCCAUCUGUACUCUCCUAUCUUAGAUGCAAUGACAACUCCGCUCAUGGGUGUGAUGCCCACCUCCUUAAGGGCAACCCUGCAGAACUGUUCCAGGGGCAACCAGCAAGAAGGCCUCUUCUCCCCCAAAGCCAUGGGAAGAAUGGCUGGUCAGAAGGACAGCACCAAGCCCAGGGAUGAAGUGUUACAUCCACAUGCAGACAAGGACAGCCUUCUGGCCACAACAUUGAGGUGGCCUGUUCUCUCCCAGCAGUUGAGUCCACCUCAAACAGUUCCCUAUGUGGCCUGGUCUGGCAAUAUCAAGGAUCCAAGCCCCUACAUGAAGGGCUACAGCCUGCCCAUGUGGUCUCCAUGCUUGGACACUAAGGACGUGGACAGCUCGGUGUCAUCUGGCAGAAUGUCUGGUUCCUCAGGGGGGCAUGAAUCAUGCACACUUUCCCAUGGGCCCUGGAAGGAAAGGCCACCCCUGAUACUGGGACCCCAGCGCCAGCCCAGGAAGAGUGACCCUCGUCUGGAGCAGUUGAGGGACAAGAUCCGAGCCCAGGCACGGUGGCAGGCUAGCUGUGCCUCCCUGGGCACCUCUGCCCCCUCUAGUGCCUCGUGCCUCUACAAAACCUCGACGAUGCUACGGCGGAAGACCCCCAAAGUGACAAAUGCGCUUCCAGUGCCUGCUUUCCCAGGAUCAGGCGUUCUUCGUACAGCUGAGCAUAGAGGCAAAGACAGGGCAUCUCUCAGCUUGAGACGGGAGCUCUCAAAGGUUCCCCAGCAUCAUACUUCAGUUCCAAGGACAAACUUCAAAAAGGUCAAAAAUGCUUCUUGCAAAAGAGAGAUCUCGAAGUCAUCUAUCCUUCGCAGAACUGCCAAAGGCAGAGAUUCUGAGUUGGCUGGUGUGUACGCCUGGCGAAAAGGACAAGCCCUCGUGAGGCGGUUGCUUGGGCCCCCUGCUGCCCUCUCCCGGCUCCAGAGCAAGGUCCCUGACACGGAAUUAGGCUCUGACAGGAAAGCAGCAGCUGUCGAGGCCUCAUCUGCCCACACCUGGUUGUGUAAACCCAUGUCUGCCCACAGUGACCAGCAGGUUUCCAAGCAUACACCCAGCCUGGCUUUCCAGGAUCAGUCAGCAACUAUCCAUGGUGCUAUGGAGACCCUACAAGACCUGCGCCAACAAAUCCAGGCUGGGCUGGAGCUUGCCAGGAGCCCCAGAGUGGACAGGAAGCUCUCACCAUCGAAACCAAAGCCACAGAACCUGGUAGGGAAGGGGGAUCAGGAACUCCAAAGCACCCAGGACAUGCAGGGCUCCUCAAAGACUGCUUGGACUGUGACAGAAGGAAAGAACUCUUCCUUGCACAGAGCUGGGAACUUGCACAGCCAGCAACACAGGAAGAAAGCCUUGGCUGAGCAUGAGUCUUUUCCACAGAGGACCUGGACAGGACAGGGGCAAGACACCUCUUUCCCCAGGCCUGGGAGCACCCCAGAAAAACCACGUUCCUUCUCACAGCGGCCCUGGAGUGCCCUGGCUUGGCAGACCUACCCACAGAGGACCUGGGACGCUCAGGGCCAGGACAUCUCUGUCCAGAAGUCUGGGAGCUCCCUUAAAAAGCCAAGCCCCUUCUCACAGCGGCCCUGGAGUGCCCUGGCCGGCAGAGCUUACUCAGCUUAUGAAGAUCGGGAGGUAUUUGAGCCCAGACCAUGGAACUCUCUGAGUCGGCCGCAUUCUGCUCUCCAGGAUCCCUGGAGUAAUUCUUUUGUGCAGAGGUCCAGUCCCUCCAGCAAGGGCAAAAGUGCUGUCCCUCCUCCCUCAAAAGUCAAGCCAGCUUGGCCAGAGUUUGCCCAAGACUUGCUGCAAAGCAAACCAGCAAAGGAACAGGACACACCCUGUCCAAGGCCACGGGGGUCUCUGGGCCAGCAACAUAGCUCUGAGUCCUUACGUGACUUCAUGCGUCAGAAAGCUCAGGCUCGACGGCAGCAGGCCCUGGAGCAGAAGGCCUUGGCUGCACACACUCUGGAACUGCGGAACCAGAGGCUGCAGGAGGUAUACCGGAAGCAACGAGAGGCCGUCCUUGGCAAGGCCAUCCCUGUGGUCUCCCAGAGGCAUCCUGGCAUCGUCACCUUUGUUCCCAUGCAGUCUGGGGGCAUGGAAGCCCCUGGGAGCCUGGGCUCACCACUGCGGACGUGGAGCAAAGUGACAUCUGGCAUGGUGCUUGGGGACCAAGAGGCUCCAGACAGCUUCUGUCUGUGUUUGAACAAACCGUGGAACCGCACUGAGACCCAGGACACUGGACGCCCCCUUGAAGGCUACAAGCAAGCCCGGCUGCAGGCACUGGAGACCAUGGCUGAGGCCCUCAAGCAGCGUGUUGACAUCCUAACCACCAGGCUGGAGAAGCCGACGUCUCCUGACACAUCUAGUGACCUGGCCUCCGAUGUGCUGCCCUUGUGCCCCAGCACAGCACCUGCCACCCCCACACUCGUUCCACCCUCUUACCUCAGAACCUUAAUGUCUAAAGGGGGCAGAGAAAGUCCCCGGGACUUGAUGGAUGUGCAGGCUGAGCCCCUUCUCCUCAGCACCUGCUUCCAGGAUGGUGAAAUGCUACCAUGGAACCCCAGCUGGGAGCUGCCAAACCCAAACCUGUGGACCCACAUUGAAAGCCAGCCCCAAGGUCCUGUUUCUAGCACCCCUGCCUCAGUGUCUCAGGUCAUCCCUCACACUCAGUCUUGUCCUGCUGGUUCAUCAAGUCGUGGGGCCCUUUCCAAAGAAGCCAUACAGGGGCUGGAGAAGAAGCUGCAGAGAGAGAUGGCUACCCUCCAGGCCCUCGGUGCAUGCAUGAGGAGCUCGCUUGGGGUGCCAGAUGCACCAGACCCCACCCGUGGCUCCCUUUGGCAGGAAGAGAUGCCAGAAGUCAAAAAGGAAGGCUUGGUAACGCCCUGGACCACCCGGAGCUGCGGUAAGGGCGAGCCUGCAGAUAGGCCCUGGGCUGGCUGGUCAGGUGGCCAGGGGGGCCUCCCGUGGGCCUCUUCCACCGCCUAGCUUGAGCUUGGUCUUGCAGAGGAGACCUAUUUCUAUGUGGAUGGCAGCCACACAUCAGUAUUAAAGUGUUUUGAGGCUCUCCAGC